UGCAAAAAUGGGAACUGCUGUCUGUGUAGAUGAGAGAAGCAAAGUGUAUGCGCGAGGUGCACAAGCAAUCCGUAUGCAUCGCAUGCGCAUGUAUGCAUGCGCCCUUAAAAUAGCAUCUGAACAACGCGCCACUGACUUUAAACCAGGUAUUUCCUGGUCAGUAGCACAAUGGUAUUCAGAAACGGCAAAAUACCGUUUGCGCCAGAACACGCCUCCUCCUUCCGCCGAACCGCCCCUUGGGGCGCAUGAUCAAUCCCUAAUUUACCGGCGAGUGGCGCUGGUGGGAAAAGAACGCUCUGCGCCAGUUGUAAACUAGCAACGACACAUGCGCCAGUGACUAGUGCCGCUUUUCCACCGCACAUGUAGCUCGACUCGACACGACACGACUCGACACCACUCGACACGGUAGCAGCGCGGGUCCUUUUCCACCGCAAAUAGUACCUCCGGGACGUGGGCGGGGUCGGCUGCGCGAAAGGGCCGUGACGUAUUUUUGUACGCGACGCAAACAAUGGACAGAACCCACAUAACAACAAUGGAGAACAUCGAUGCGAUGGUAUUCGUGUUCGUAUUAUUAGCUGGCAUGUUGAAGAAGUGGAAUAUGUUGGCUGCGGCGCUGCUAUGGCUGUUACCAGCAUGGUUGCCAUGUCGCUCUCGUGACUUCGUCACACUCUCUGGCCAAUCAGUGGCCGGCCGUCUGCCGACGUCACCUUUUAGCAUCGGCUCAGCCGCUUGGAACCUAGAGCGAGGCGGUACUAGAAAAAGCAGCCACUUCAGGUACCAGAUACCAUGUUUUCGCGGUGGAAACGCAAAAAAGGCGAGCUGAGUCGAGUCGAGUCGAGUCGUGUCGAGCUGGUACCAUGCAGUGGAAAAGCGGCAUAGGUCACUUGCGCCGGAUGCAAGAUAGGGCCCUAGGUGUUGACCUAAUUGACCCAUUCAAAGCCUCAAAGAAUGGGAACCGCCUCUAUCUGACAGCAACUGACUUCGUCCCUAAGUCGGUGGAGGCCAGGCCCAUCAACACUGGAAAAAGACCAACGGACUGGAUGAGAGGACCAAUCAGACAAUGAAGAGGUCCAUUGGCAAGACCCUUGAUGGACAACAGGAGAGAUAAGGAGGACAUUGCGAAGUACGUCCAGGCAAGGGCUGAGAGCGAUGGAAAGGUCAUUGACAAGGUGACCGGCAACAUAGAGAAGGCCCAGGAGAGACAGAAAGAGUCAUACAAGAGGAGGUCCAAGAGGGGGACCAAGCGCUUCAGGAUCACACCACCAGGCAUGGAGGCCCUGAAGAAGAAUGAGAGGAAGCGUCGAAGGCCUGGUCACGCCAUGGACCUAGAUUGGCCAACUGUGUACAGGAUUACUGAGGUUACUGACAAUAACCUUGUGCAGCCUGAGACCUUGGAUGGAAAGCCAUUGAAGACCAGGACACCCUAUGCUUCAGUGAAGCCUGUGUGGAGAAAACCCUCAACCAGCUCUGCAAUCCAAGAGACUGAUGGGUUGACUGGUGGGAUGACACACCGUGAUGCUUCUACACAGGGGAAGUAUACAUUCAUGGAAUAUCACAUCUCUGCUGUCAGUGACUCACUCCAUUGUCCUCUCCUCCAUGACCAGGCAACACAGUGUCCCGAACAACAUCUUGUACACACCGAACUUCUCCGGAAUGAUCGGCUGUGUCUACUGUACACUGGGUUGUCAGUGGAUGCCUUUGAGGCUUUAUCCGACGACCUGAAAGAAGGAUGCAGCAUCUCUCAGCUACAUCCCAAGGAUCAACUGUUGAUGACCCUGAUGGAGCUCCGGCUGAACCUAUUGCAGGCCGACAUUGCAGAGAGGUUCAGAGUGCCUCAGUCUGUGGUCAGUAGGAUAAUCUCUCAGUGGCUGGACUUCAUGGAGGAGAAGAUGAGGUGCUAUGUUCCAUGGCUGCCCAGCGAGACGAUCCAGGCAACGAUGCCACAGAGCUUCAAGGAACAUUAUCCAUUAACCACAUGCGUAAUCGACUUUUCUGAGACCCCUCUUCAGAAGGCUCACAAUCUGGACUCAGGAGCAUAUGGUGGGAGAUGCAGUGACAAGUUCAUCACAACCAACUCAGGGUUUCUGGAGUAUCUGCGUCCAGGUGAUGAGGUGAUGGCUGACCGAGGAGUUGUUAUCCAAGACCUUCUGUUUGAACGUCAAGUCAAGCUCGUCCUGCCAGCUUUCACCAGAAGAGGCCUUCCCUUGUCCGAAGAAGACACCACCAACACGAGGCCCAUAACUAACGUCCGAGUGCACGUUGAUAGGGUCAUACGCAGCCUGAAGAACUACAGAAUAGUCUCUCAAACAGUGCCCAUUAACCUUGCCCCGAAAUUUGACAAAAUUCUGAGAGUCUGUCCAGGUCUAUGUAACCUACGUGGGGACAUUAUACAAGAAGAUAAGUAAUAAGAUGUUCAAUCAGUUAUAAGUGAAAUCAGUUGUAAUGGUUACAUGGUUAAAAGCCUACGUGCAGGUUAACCGUAAGUUUUGAAUAAUGGGUACAUAAAGCACUCACAAUUUGUGUAUCAUUUUAAAAUGUCUCCAAAACAGUGUUAAAGUUAAAGUUUUUUUUUUUUUUUUUCAUGAUAAGAUUUUGUGAUA